CGCGUGGCUCGCGGUACGUCCGGGUGCAAAGCAGCUCAGAUCGCCCAUUGCUCUGAGCGCAGUGGGACUCAACUGAAUUGCAGUGAGCCGGACACAACGUGGAGCCAUGAAGGACGACGUCGUCAUCGUCUCCGCCGUUCGCACUCCCAUCGGUUCUCUCAAUGGGAGUCUGUCCACCAUCCCUGCCUACUCUCUGGGCUCCGUGGUGCUCAAGGAGGCUCUGGCUCGUGCCUCCAUGUCCCCGAACGACGUGGGGGAGGUGAUCCUGGGACAGGUACUCACAGCCGGCCAGGGACAGAACCCGGCUAGGCGUGCGAGUCUGUCCGCGGGUCUCCCUGUUUCCGUCCCCGCGUGGGGACUCAACAUGCUGUGUGGCUCCGGUCUCCGCGCCGUCUGCCUGGGGGCCCAGGCCGUGAGGCAGCGGGACGUGGACAUCGUCCUGGCCGGGGGGCAGGAGAGCAUGAGCCAGGCCCCCCACGCUGUGUACGUGAGGGCGGGGGUGAAGAUGGGAGACGCCACGAUGGUUGACACCAUGACACACGACGGCCUCAUAGACUCCACCCUGCACUACCACAUGGGAGUGACCGCGGAGAACGUGGCGAAGCAGUUCUCGGUGUCUCGCCGUGACCAGGACGACUUUGCGGCGCUGUCCCAGGCGCGCACCGCGGCCGCCGUGCAAUCCGGAGCCUUUACGCGGGAGAUCGCCCCCGUGUCUGUCGUCACGCGCAAGGGGGAGGUUGUCGUGACUCAGGAUGAGUUUCCACGGCCUGGGACGACGGUUGAGAGUCUGGGACGACUCAAGCCGUGCUUCGUCACGGACGGAAGCGGCACCGUGACCGCCGGGAACUCAUCCGGAGUGAACGACGGUGCUGCCGCCGUCUUGUUGAUGACGGAGAGCGAGGCCCAGUCGCGGGGCCUGAAGCCUCUGGCUCGCCUGGUCUCCUGGGCGCAGGCCGGAGUGGAGCCGAGCAUCAUGGGAACAGGGCCCAUCCCAGCCACAACCAAAGCGCUAGCGAAGGCUGGCUGGUCUGUGCAGGACGUGGAUCUGUUUGAGCUGAACGAGGCGUUCGCCGCUCAGUCGCUGGCCGUGAUCCGCAAGCUGGGACUCAACACGGAGAAAGUGAACGUGAGAGGCGGUGCGCUGGCUCUGGGUCACCCAAUCGGUGCGUCUGGGUGCCGCGUGUUGGUAUCGCUUCUCCACUCGCUGAGGGACACGGGCGGUGCCCGGGGGGUGGCGGCGCUGUGCGUGGGCGGUGGCAUGGGGAUCGCGGCGUGCGUGGAGACGGUGGAGACAGCCUGAGACGCGCACACACACACGCACACACACACGCACGCACACACACACGCACACACGCACACACACACACGCACACACAACAACAACAACAACCGCCAUUCGCCACUAAGUGGCGGUGACGUCACCACGAUGCUUGUGCCAGGCCAAGUGCACGUUGAGGCCACGUGAAAUGUCGAACGCCCGCUGGCAGGAGGUCACGGGGCAGACCCAGCAGGUGCCACGGGUCGACUGACCGAGAUGACCGAGAUGACUGGCUGAUGCACCACCUGUGCCCCCUACUGUACCAACUUGCUGUGCUUUAGCCACCCGGCGCUCCGCUCGUUGUUGUGAGCGUCGCUCCUCCGCCCUCUGUUGUUGUUGGAGGGCGACUGCCUCCAACUGCCCAGCAGUGUCCUUCACGAGCCUCCUCCACUGAGGCCGAUUUUGACACCGCUGGUACCGGUCAUCGGCAAGUCCACUCAGCUCCACGUACCUGUACCACAUCUCUCCAUCUCUUCUCUAGCCCGUGCCGCGCCCGUUUAGCCCCCUCGAUUUGGCCGAACAAAAGCUGUUUAGGCAUGCGGUGGCUGGGCAUGCGGGCUACAUGACCCAGCCAACGCAGCCUUGCCUGCCCGGAGGAGCUCACCAGUGAGCACCUAUCUAAUUAUCUAAUUAAUAAGCACUACCACACACACGCACCACCACACACACGCACCACCACACACGCAUGCACUCGCGCACACACACAAAUUGCCCACACGCGCACGCACGCCUUACCCUACCUUUUCCUACAUUUAUCUAGCGCCCUAACCAAGGCGCUGUACAGUGAACUUAUGUUGGCACAAGGCGAGAUGAGACGAGCCGAUGGGAUAUCUGUUCAAUGUGGUGGCGGUGACGGCGGCGGCGAUGCGUGGAAUAAACGGAGGUGGAAAUGA